AAGAUGGCCGCUCCCACAGGCCACAGAGAGAGAGUGCAGCCAUGUUACCCUUGAGGAAAAUCCAGAACUGCAGUUGUCUUUUCACUGCAGGAAAGUCUCAGACCCUUGUGGGCUACGGUACGUCUGUGAUGAGGGAGGCGGACAAAGUUCAGUGAAGUUCAGCCAUCAGCUGAUCGCAGUGAUGUCUGCAGAGAAACAGCUCAUCUUUUGUACUGCAAGAUUCCUGCCCAUUCCUCUUGGCUAUUUCUUUUCAGAUUCUUUCUGACACAAGUGAAAGAACAUCGGUGUCACUCCCGCAGGUGGUGACUCCCCAGGAACAAAAGGGAUCAAAGAAAAGAAGGAAGAGGAGAUUCAGGACUUAGCUAUCGUCAUUUCUGGGUACAUCCUUGACUGGAGGCUCAUAGUUUUGAACAGAAAUUUCGAGCUGGUUCAGAGGAGCUAAAGCCAGAAUUUCCCCGUUAGCAGCCAUUUCCCAAAACGAGAAGAAUAUGAUCCAGGCCCAGGCUUCAACUGUGAGGAGAAAGCAGACCAGCUCCUCAAGAGAUGUUCAUGCUUCGUGGCCCAUAGAUCUGAAAUUCACGUAGGUCUUUGAUGAUUCUUCGUACAGGUGAUGCGGAGUCCCUGACAUUUGACGACGUGGCUGUGCACUUCACCUGGGAGGAGUGGCAGCUCCUGGUCCCCGAGCAGAAGGACCUGUACCGGGACGUGAUGCUGGAGAACUACAGCCACCUGGUGUCAGUGGCAGGGUAUCAAGUCAGCAAACCAGAUGUGUUCUGCAAGUUGGAACGUGGAGAACUGUGGACAAUAGAUAAAAUCCAUAGUCAGAACUGUCCAGAAAUCAGGAAAGUUAAUGAUCCUCUGCAGCAUCACUUGCAAAGUCGAAGCAUUCAGAAGAGUGUGGAACAAUGCUGUGAACAUAAUAUGUUAGUAAAUAUUGUUAAUCAGAGCAAAAGUCAUUUCCCAUUCAAGCAAAAUCAUGAUACAUUUGACUUACAUGAAAAACCUUUAAAAUCAAAUUACAGUUUUGAAAACCAGAACAGAAGUUGUAACUUAAAGAACUCUGCUGAGUUGAAUGGAGAUGGGACAUCCUUUCUGCAUGCUAACCAUGAACAAUUUUAUACUGAAAUUAAAUUUCCUGUCAUUGCAAAACCCUGGGAUAAAUUCCAGGUCAUUAAGCAACAGAGAACUCACAACAUAGAGAAAGCUCAUGUAUGCAAUGAAUGUGGGAAAACCUUCUCCAGAAAAUUCAGGCUCACUGAACAUCAGAGAAUUCAUGCAGGACUGAAGCAGUAUGAAUGCACUGAAUGUGACGAAACCUUCUUCAAGAAAUCACAGUUCAAGAUUCAUCAGAAAACUCAUAUGGGAGAGAAACCUUAUAUGUGUAAUGAAUGUGGGAAAGUGUUCAUCAAAAAGUGUCAGCUCGUUUAUCAUCACCGAACUCAUACAGGAGAGAAACCCCAUGGAUGCAACCUAUGUGGAAAGGCCUUCUCUACAAAGUUUGGUCUCACUACACAUCAGAAAACUCAUACAGGUGAGAAGCCUUACAUGUGCAAUGAAUGUGGAAAAGGCUUCAUUGAGAAGAGGCGUCUUAUUGCACAUUGUCGAACUCAUACUGGUGAGAAACCCUUUAUAUGCAAUGAAUGUGGGAAGGGCUUCACCUUGAAGAACAGUCUUACCACACAUCAACAAACUCAUACAGAAGAGAAAUUGUAUACAUGCAGCGAAUGUGGGAAAGGCUUCUCAAUGAAACACUGCCUUGUUGUACAUCAACGAACUCAUACUGGAGAGAAACCCUAUAUAUGCAAUGAAUGUGGGAAAGGCUUCACUUUGAAGAGCCCUCUCAUCAGACAUCAGCGAAUACAUACAGGAGAGAAACCCUAUGUCUGUAGUUUAUGUGGAAAAGGUUUCACCAUGAAGAGUGAUCUCAUUGUACAUCAACGAACUCAUACUUCAGAGAAACCAUAUAUAUGCAAUGAAUGUGGAAAAGGCUUCACCGUGAAGAGUCGUCUGAUUGUACAUCAGCGAACUCAUACAGGAGAGAAGCCCUAUGUUUGCAGUGAAUGUGGAAAAGGCUUUCCAGCAAAGAUCCGCCUGAUUGGACAUCAACGGACUCAUACAGGGGAGAAACCUUAUAUAUGCAGUGAAUGUGGAAAAGGCUUCACAGAGAAAAGUCAUCUUAAUGUACAUCGGCGCACUCAUACAGGAGAGAAACCCUAUAUAUGCAAUGAAUGUGGCAAAGGAUUAACUGGGAAAAGCAUGCUUGUCGCACAUCUGCGAACUCAUACUGGAGAGAAACCGUACAUGUGCAAUGAAUGUGGAAAAGGCUUCACCAUGAAGAGUACUCUAGGUAUACAUCAGCAAACUCAUACUGGAGAGAAACUAUACAAAUGCAAUGAAUGCGGUAGAGACUUUAGGAAGAAGACAUGCCUCAUACAACAUCAGAGAUUUCAUGCAGGAAAGACUUCCUUUGUAUGUACUGAAUGUGGAAAGUUUUCAUUGCGCAAGAAUGAUCUCAUUACCCAUCAGAGAAUUCACACAGGAGAGAAACCCUAUAAAUGCAGUGAAUGUGGAAAAGCCUUCACUACGAAGUCAGGGCUCAAUGUCCAUCAAAGAAAACAUACAGGAGAGAGGCCCUAUGGGUGUACUGAUUGCGGGAAAGCUUUUGCCCACUUGUCAAUCCUUGUUAAACAUAAGAGAAUUCACAGGCCCUUGGUGUCCCUAUCGACAGCCAAGGAGGGGCUUGGGAGAGAGCACUGGAAUUGGAAGUGGUUUUGUGCCUGGGUUCAGCCUUUGGCAGGUGCCAGUGGAGUCUUCAGAGGCUUAAGAUCUGGUGAGCCUGGUUCUGAGUGUGGAUCCCAGGGAGAGCCUAUGGAGUUGGUGAAGCAGACGGAAAUUUGGAGUGGUUCCAGAAGGUACCAAGACAGAGCCUCCCCAUUGCCAGCUGUUUUCAGAAAACAGAAGAAAAUGCUCCAGGGCCAGGAGUCCCUGACAUUUGACGAUGUGGCUGUGGACUUCACGUGGGAGGAGUGGCAGCUCCUGGUCCCCGAGCAGAAGGACCUGUACCGGGACGUGAUGUUGGAGAACUACAGCCACCUGGUGUCAUUGGGGUAUCAAGCCUGCAAACCAGACAUGCUCUCCAAGUUGGAUCGAGGAGAAUCACCGUGGACAAUGGCAGAUGAAGUCCACUGUUGGACACGUUCAGAAAUCUGGAAAGAUGAUGAUCAUCUGGAGCACUUGCAAAAUGAAAGGAUGGAAAAUAACCUAGAGCAAUGGCAUAAAUGUAACACAUUUGAAAAUUCUGUCCAUCAGAGCAAAACUCAUUUAACGUUAAGGCAAGACCAUGAUAUGUUUGACUCACAUGGAAAAAGCAUGAAAUCAGAUUUAACUUUACUUAACCAGAGAAGAAGCUGUGAAAUAAAGAACCCGGCUGAGCUUAGUGGAGAUGGGAAAUCCUUUCAUCAUGCUAACAGUGAACGAUUUCAGACUGCAGUUAAAUUCCCCGAAAGCCGAAAACUCAUCAGCACUAAGUCCCAACUCAUCAAGCAUCAGAAGACUCAGAAAAUGGAGAGGCCUCAUGUAUGCAGUAAAUGUGGGAAAGCGUUUGUGAAAAAGUCUUGGCUUACUGAUCACCAGAUUAUUCAUACAGGAGAGAAGCCCCAUCGGUGUGGUCUGUGUGGGAAAGCCUUCUCCAGAAAGUUCAUGCUCACCGAACACCAGAGAACACACACAGGAGAGAAACCUUACAAAUGCUCUGAAUGUGGCAAAGCGUUUCUCAAGAAAUCGCGGCUCAAUAUACAUCAGAAAACACACACAGGAGAGAAACCCUUUAUAUGCAGUGACUGUGGGAAAGGCUUCAUCCAGAAAGGCAACCUAAUUGUACACCAGCGAAUUCAUACAGGCGAGAAACCUUAUAUUUGCAACGAAUGUGGAAAAGGCUUCAUCCAGAAGACAUGCCUCAUAGCACAUCAGAGAUUUCACACAGGAAAGACACCCUUUGUGUGCAGUGAAUGUGGAAAAUCCUGUUCCCAGAAGUCAGGUCUCAUUAAACAUCAAAGAAUUCACACAGGAGAGAAACCCUUUGAGUGCAGUGACUGUGGGAAAGCCUUUACCACAAAGCAAAAGCUCAUUGUCCAUCAAAGAACUCAUACAGGAGAGCGACCCUAUACCUGCAGUGAGUGCGGGAAAGCUUUUGCCUACAUGUCUUGCCUUGUGAAACAUAAGAGGAUACACACAAGAGAGAAAUGUGGAGAUUCAGCCAAGAUGGAAAACCCUCUCACAGAGAGUCACAGCUCAUCACAGAGCAGUGUUCUGCAGGAGAAAAACCUUGUUAAUACGGUGACUGUGCAGGUGCCGCCUGUGGCCCCUCACACAGCAUUAAACAUCAGUGGGUUCCCAGCCAACAGGAAUGUAGUCAUAGUGGGCCAGCCCGUGGCCAGAUGUGCACCCUCAGGAGGAUUUGCACAGGACAGAAACCUGAAUGCAGUGAGUGUGGUCACGCCUUCAGUGAUCAAUUACGUCUUAUUUUAUGUUACAGCAAACCAGUAGGAAAAAACUCAGAGACAUUCUGUGUGUAAAAGACUUGAGCAAAAGUUUCUAGCUCACACUGUCUGAGAAGUCAAUACUGAGAAAAAGUGUGAAAUGCUGAGACUUGGAAAGCCUGAUAUUCUAUUAAAUACAUGCACUGAUUCGGAAGCAUAAUCUGAUGUUAACUCAAACACAUACAUCAGUUGCUCUGUUGUGUCAAAGGAAUGAAAGAAUUGAGUGAAGGAAAUAAGUGAAUGUUUAAAACAUAAUUUGUAUCUGAAAUGUUACUAUGAAUGACAGUGGGAUAUGAGCAUGUAUAUAUCAGUUCAGUUUCCCCAGGCCAUGGUGAGGGUCAAGUGAAAACUGGGAUGUCUACUGGAAGUCUCAGAAGUUUAUAUUAUGCAAAGGGAUUUAAGGAAUAGCAGGUUCAGAUUGAGUCGACUCAUUCAUUUACCAAGUAUUGGUCAAAUACUUCCUUUGUCCCUGGUUCUAUUCCAGGAGGUGAGGAUAACGUAGUGAUCAAAACAAAUCUAGAGAGAGCAGUGAGGUAGUCGGAUUACUCUUAAGUGGUAUUUCUGUACUCCAGCUGAUCUAGUAAGAGGAUUUAAAUACCUUUAUUAGGUGAAGUAGACAUUGUCUUAGUCCGUUCUGGUUGCUUUCAGAGAAUACCAUAGCCUGGUAGCUUGUAAAAAACAAAUUUAUUUCUCACAGCUCUACAAGCUGCAAAGCCCCAGAUCAAGGCAUCAGCAGAUUCCAUGCCUGUUGAGGGCCAGCUUCCUGGUUUGUAGAAGACAGUCAUCUCACUGUGUCCUCCCAAGGGGAAAGGACACUGGAACUCUCUGGGAUGUCUUUUAUAAGGGCACCAAUCCCAUUCGUGAGCUCUCCACCCUCACGACCUAAUCACCUCUCGAAUGUCCCCACGUCUUAAUACCAUGACAAUUGGGGUUAAGCUUCAAAGUGAAUUUUGGCGGGGACAUAAGCAUUCACUCCAUGGCAGGAUAUGGAGUAAUUGGUUCAAGGAGUUAGGAUCAUUUCUUCUUUAAGGGAUAUAUUAUUCCAAGGGAAGGCAUGGACUCCUCUUAAUGGACUUGAAGCACCUCAGGGUACAAGCAGGUCUUCCAAUAUGGCGGCCCCCAUGGAGUCACGGCGUGCUGGGCGCGGACAUAUUGCCGCCGAUGGAAAUACC